CUAGCAGCUAUGAUUUAUUAUCUGUCCUUGAAACCGCUCUAAUACUAGAAGAUUGGAAGAUGUAAAAACUUACCACACUUACUAGAUGGAUUUCACUGUCUGAUGAAAGUGCUGCAUCUCUACGUUGCUAAGACACUGGACACUGCUUUCUUUAUAGCACGGAAAAUCUGAAUUCCUCCGACGCUCAGGAUGGGGAAAGAUUAUUAUUCUAUCCUGGGAAUUGAAAAAGGGGCUUCUGACGAGGAUAUCAAAAAGGCUUACAGAAAACAAGCGCUUAAAUGGCAUCCAGAUAAGAACAAAUCUCCCCACGCAGAGGAAAAGUUCAAAGAGAUUGCAGAAGCUUACGAAGUGCUGAGUGAUCCCAAAAAGAGAGACAUUUAUGAUCAGUUUGGGGAGGAAGGUCUGAAAGGAGGAGCUGGAGGACCUGAUGGACAAGGUGGUACCUUCCGGUACUCCUUCCAUGGUGACCCACAUGCUACAUUUGCAGCUUUCUUUGGUGGCACAAAUCCUUUUGAGAUCUUCUUUGGAAGGAGGAUGCCUGGUGGCAGAGACACUGAAGACAUGGAGGUGGAUGGUGAUCCAUUUGGAUCCUUCACUAGUUUUAGUAUGAAUGGUUUUCCAAGGGAAAGGAAUACAGUUGGUAGCCAAUUACGUCGCAAACAAGAUCCCCCUGUAAUCCAUGAACUUAAAGUGUCAUUGGAAGAGAUCUAUCAUGGCUGCACAAAAAGGAUGAGGAUUUCACGUAAAAGGCUUAACCCAGAUGGUAGAAGUGUCCGAACAGAGGACAAAAUUCUUACUAUUGAGAUAAAAAGAGGAUGGAAAGAAGGCACCAAAAUCACUUUUCCUAAAGAAGGUGAUGAAACACCCAACACAAUUCCAGCUGAUAUUGUUUUUAUCAUUAAAGAUAAACCUCACUCUCACUUCAAGAGAGAUGGAUCAAAUGUUAUCUAUCCUGUUAAGAUCAGCUUAAGAGAGGCUUUGUGUGGCAGCUCUAUCAAUGUGCCAACAAUAGAAGGAAGAACCAUACCCAUGACAGUAAAUGAAGUUGUAAAGCCUGGGAUGAGAAGAAGAAUUAUAGGAUAUGGUUUGCCGUUUCCCAAAAAUCCUGACCAACGUGGAGACUUAAUUAUAGAGUUUGAAGUAAUUUUCCCAGAUAACAUUUCUCCAGCAUCAAAAGAAGUACUUAGGCGAAAUCUUCCAGUUUCAUAAAACGAAGACUCUGUAUGUCAGCUGUUUAAAUAGGACACUGGAAAUGCAGAAGACUGGCAAGUCUGUGCUUUAAAAGUGCAAUCUGUAACAACUAGUGGAAUAUUUGUUUUUUUGUUUUGUGGGACGGGUGGGGGGGGAAAUACUGUAAUGCUGCAUGAGAAGAAAAGGGUUAAGUACAAGUCAUACAGGUGACUUCUGCAGUAAAAUUUACAGGGAAAACCACUCAUUUUAUUUUACAUCUUCCUAAUCGGAAAAAUUUAUUCAUUAUUUUGCCUAAUGUAAAAUGUAGUUGGUUUUUACAAAGUCAGUGCAUAUUUCUGAUACAGUACUUCAGCCUCCAAGUACUUUAUUUCUUAUAUCCCUACCCUACCUAUAACAUUACCCAUUUAUACAGAAAUUGGAGAUAGUAGUAGAAAUACACAAAUGUAUAAAUAUUUUAAAGAGCAAAACAUGAAAGGUAUCAUUUUGGUAUGUUGCCUUCCACUGCACAAAGCAUAGGCUGGGAAAAUAGCUUGGACUCCUGAACCGCCCCCCAGUGGAAUGAAAGCAUUUUCUUUAUUGCCUCAGAAUGUGUGAGGACUGCAUUACGAGUCUAGCAAUGGCCAUGUGGCUUGAGGAGCAAGAGUAGCCAUUUGCUAUGGGAUAGUUCCUCAGCCUUCAGGCAGAACAGCAAGAGGGGAUUCUACAAGUACGUAAACAGCAAAUGGUGGGUCUGCUGUCAAAUGGGGCAGGGAAGCUGGUGACAAAUGACAUGGAGAAGGCUGAGGUACUCAGUGCCUUCUUUGCAUCAGUCUCUACCAGUAAGAGAAGCCUUCAGGAAUUCCAGGCCCCUGAGACCAGAGGGGAAGUCUGGAACCUCAGUGGUGGAGGACCAGAUUAGGGUGCGCUUAAACUGGAAGUCCGUGAGUCUGACAGGUUGCACCCCUAAGUGUUGAGGGAGCUGGCUAAUGCCAUUGCAAGGCCACUCUUAAUUAUCUUCGAAUGGUCAUGGAGACUGGGAGAUGUUCUGGUAGACUGGAAAAGAGCAAAUACCACUCCUGUCUUCAAGAAAAACAAGAAGGAAGAUUUGGGGAGCUACAGGCCAGUCAGCUUCACCUCAAUCCUUGGGAAGGUGAUG